AACGCUCCGCCGCCCGCCGCCACGUAUAUGUUUGAACGCGUGAGCAUAAACUAUAUAAGACCGCACCGAUCGCACAGCAAUGAGUUACCCAACACUUCGAGCUCGACCUCAGCAAGAUCGCCAGCAACCUCACACUCCACAUCCCAACCAUACCUGACGAAGCUAAAGCCAGCACCCAGCUAGUGAUCGCUCGGCAGCCAUGGACAUGAGCGGCUCAUCUUCCUCUUCAACGUCGUCGCACGAGCACUCGGCGGCGUUGAUGGCGCCGCCGCCCAAGCGUCCCGCGGGGCGCACCAAGUUCAAGGAGACGCGCCACCCGGUGUACCGCGGCGUGCGGCGCCGCGGCAGCGCUGGCCGGUGGGUCUGCGAGGUGCGCGUCCCCGGCGGCAAGCGCGGCGAGCGGCUCUGGCUCGGCACGCACGCCACCGCCGAGGCCGCCGCGCGCGCGCACGACGCCGGCAUGCUCGCGCUGCUCGGCGGCCGCCCCGUCUCCGUCUCCGCCGCGCGCCUCAACUUCGCGGACUCCGCGUGGCUCCUCGCCGUCCCGUCCGCGCUCGCCGACCUCGCCGCGGUCCGGUGCACGGCGCUCGCCGCCGUCGCGGACUUGCAGCGCCGGGAGGCCGCCAGUUGCGUGGCGACCGUCCCCAUUUACGAGGCCGACGCCUCCAGCUCGUCCGCGUCGUCUUCAGCGGACGACGCCGGUUCUUCGUCGGCGACGUCCCUGUGUUCUGAACUGGACGGAUUGUUCGAGGUGCCGGCAGCUGCACCACUUGGCAUGGGAAACGACAUGUUCGACUUCGAGUUCGGCAUGUCCGGCGAGAUAAUGGACCUGGGAUCCUACUACGCGGACCUCGCGGAGGGGAUGCUCCUCGAGCCGCCACAGCCGGAAUUCACCGAGGUGUGCUGGGAUGGCGGAGCUGAUUACGCCGCGCUCUGGAGCUACAACUGAAACUGAAACACCACCAUCUGGAACGAACUCAACCUGCUUCUACUCAGCCUAGUAAAAUUAACAUGACGCACGCCCGGUUGAAUGUCAACGGUUUCAGAUUUCAGGCAGGUCGCAAAAAAGAUUUGCUUCCAGAAAAGGCCAAUAGAAAAGAAAAAGAAAAAAAGAUGGAGCAUGCGGCCGAGAACCCAUCCCAGGUCAGCCGGUUGAAGCUUACCGAAGCUACUGGCCUUUUCCUCAAAGUUCUAGUAGCCACGCGAACGGACGCGGCGAUCUGACGUCCUCCCUCGCUCUUUGGCGGCUCCUUCCUAUGGCCAACAGGGCAAAUGUGUCACUUUUUUAGAUCACGUGCCACCUUAGAUAUUUAGAUAUCUAGUUUGGUGGAGUAGUGUAGUAGGUAAACAAUGUUGCAUUUCUUGUUUGUAAGCGUUUGAAUUUUGAUCCCGUGAAAUGAAGGAAGGAAGUUCUCAUGUUAAUUAA